CUUGCCUGGUGCUCCCAUCACCUGCUGGCUUUGGUGAUUCCAGGCAACUUGGGAAAAGGAUGUGGUUGGAAAGAAACUUCAAGCAGUGUCCUGGCUGGGACCUCAGUGAGGGAACAGUUUGCUUGGGUUAUUGCAGACUUUUUUUCACCCAAGCUUGCUGUCAUUUUCAUCUUUUGUCUAUUACCUGCACUGGUCACUGCACAUGGACAUGAACUCCGCUCGCAGGGAAAGGAAAUACCAUUUCCUGGCAGCACAGUGCCCACCCACGCCCUCAGGUUCAGUGUUUCCAGGCUGCUGUCCUCAGAGCCCAUGGCCAGCAUAGCUGCCCACACCAGGAGCCCCUUCCCAGUCACCAGCCCCGUGGCCUCUGGGCUGCAGUAGCUGUACCCACACUGUCCACUUCUCCCCACUGCAGGUGGGAGCUGGGUCCAGCUUUCUGAAACACCCAGCCCAGUCUCUAAACUCUGGUCUCCUCUGAGCCCCUCUCCCUUGGUGCAUGGCCUGGCCCUGGUGUUCGCCCCAGCUAGGGAGAAGCCACAGCCCCUUUGGGGUUCGUCAGAGACUCACACACACACCCAAGGGCGUUGCACCUCCUCUGUUUCCCCUGUCCUGCAGUUCCAGGCCUUUUUGGCCUUGGUAACCAAGGCAAGGGGUUUAUCUGCACUUGGGGUGGGUAGCACUGACUGCUGCUUUAUAGGGAUAAAACAGGCUCUGCUCACUUAGCCAAGCUGCACUCCAAACCAGGUAGGCCAAGAGCCAGGGUCUGGCCCUGCUUCUUCAUUCUGAACUGAGCAAUGUCCCUGUCCUGGGAACUUCAAGUCCAGGAGCCCAAGCCAGUUCCCGGAGGACACCUCUGGGCUCCUUUCCCUUCUUGUGACCUCCUGGUCCCAAGCUGACCUGAGGAGGCCCUGGAAGUGUGUAAUGGGGAUGGAGGCUGGCCUUUCUGUGUUAGUGUGAAGAUGGCUAUUAAAUGAACAUGACAACUCUGGGAGACUUGAGAAGCCUCUGGAAAUUCCAGGUCUUUUCAUUGCACCGGGGAAGAGUUAACUGAGUUGAUUAGACAGUCCUUGCCUGACAAAGAAAAGAAAAGCAAACAUUUUAUUUGGGCAAGACUAGUUUUUAAAAAGAUUCAUUUAUCUAAAACACAGUUACAGAGAGAGAAGAGGGAGAGACACAGAACGAGAUGUCCUGUCUGCUGGUUCACUUCCCGAAUGGCCAUGACAGCUGGAACUGGACUGAACCAAAGCCAGGAGCCAGGAGCUCCGUCUGGGUCUCCCACAUAAACAGCAGGGUCUCAAACACUUGAACCAUGUUCCACUGCUUUUCCAAGAGCAUUGGCAGGGAAUGGCUUACCUCACUGCCCUAAGACUCACUCUAGUUGAGUGUUUGUGUAAGCUCCUUCCCAUGAACUGGGGUUGGCUUCCCUAUGACUUAUUUUGCUGUAGCACUGAAUUUGCCUAUAGGCUCAGGCUUCUGGACUUGUUCCUUCAUGACCACAGACUGCACCGCAGAGUCUGGCUUAGGUGGCCAGUAUCCCCCUCCACAGGGGCUGCCCCAUGCUCCUGACCUUACGCUCCUCAUACACACCCUUGUUGCUCUCUGAGUCCCGGCUCCAUGUUCAUGUCCCGGAAUCUUCCUCCCUGUGAGCAUGUCCUACAGUUGUUCAGCUCCAUGAGUCUGAAACUAAACUGGACACUCUGCUGGUUUCUGGCUUGGUAUAUGAUGAGGUCCUCACUCAUGACCUAAGCUUGAAACCUGAGGGUGGCCAACUGUCACUUGCCUCAGAGCCAUGCUAGCUAUGUCAGCUUCUGCCCCGUGCCAUGAGUUUAGGCUAAAGGCCCAGACACAUGCUGACUGUCGUGAAGCUGUAGACAGCUGAACUCAACGCACAAGGCCAGGAUGAAGCUGCAGCAAUGGGAUGGUUCUCAACUGCUAUAGAGCCCUUUGUGUGUUAGGAGCUAAACUGUUGAUCCUUGCGAGGAAAUGGAUACUAACAAAACAGAAGUGAAGGAAAGUGUGUGUUUAGUUUGCUCAGCUUCUGUAAUUGGCACGGCUUAGCCUGUUGUGUCCAACAUAGCUGCUUGGAGUCCUCUGCUGCUCUUGUUCCUGAACAUGGCAUUCACUGGGCUCCCGUCUAAGCAGACCGCAGGCUUAUUGGAACCUGAACAUGGGGUCAGAACAUGUGUGCCCCUGGGCAGCAGGGGGACCUCUUGAGGAUGUGCAGUGUGCUGUACAUCUGCCCAAACUGGAGCGAUCCCUCCUCUGACAUCACACAGCUGGCCCUUCAUGUCUGCAACUUCUGCAUCUACAUAUCCAACCGUCUGUGGAUGAGAGUAUUUGAAAAAUACUUUUCCAGAAAGUUCUAAAAAGCACAGCUUGAAUUUGCCCAGCACCAAGUAUUGAAUCCAUGCAAAUGGUGGUGGUGCAAGUAGCCCAGCAAGGACUGUAUAGACUUGGUGCACAUAUUCUGCCCUUUUUGUAGGGAUGUCUUUGGCCUGGACUGUCCUCCACAAAUACCAGCUGGUGACUGCAUUUAUGUUCUAGGAGUCUGUCUUCCAUUCUGCUUGGCACACAACAGCUCCCAAAGCUGGGUUAACACAGAACAGCAUGGGAUCUCACCAUUCCACCUUCUCCAUUUCCCUCUCUGGAGUCUUCCAAGGGCAUGAACCUGACUGUCUCCAUCUUUGAGCAGAAUGAAGAUUUUCAGAUGUUGUCUCAAGUAUACCCUGCAGCAGCAGAUCUUCUUUGUGUUCCUGACCCUGUGGCUGCUGUCCCUGGUGAAGCUGCUGGACGUGAGGAGACUCCUCUUCCCACCCCGAGACCUAUACCUUGUGGAGUUCACUUUGAGCACCUCGCCCUUUGUGAGGCACAGGUACACCCACCUUAAAGAUGCAGACAGGGAUGAAGUUAACUGCUCAGCUGUCUUUGAACAGGAGCCCCUGGAGAUCGGCAAAAGCCUGGAAAUCCGAAAGAGACACAUCAUCGACCUUGAGGAUGAGGACGUCAUGGCCAUGACCCGUGACUGCGACAUUUACCAGGCUCUCAGGCAGUAUGACCCCAGGCCUGUGUCGAGGGAGGAGAGGCACUUCCCGAUUGCCUAUUCACUAGUUGUCCACAAAGAUGCAAUCAUGGUGGAAAGGCUGCUCCGGGCCAUUUACACCCCGCACAAUGUUUACUGCAUCCAUUACGACCUCAAGUCCCCGGUCACCUUCAAAGUUGCUAUGAACAACCUAGCAAAGUGCUUCUCCAAUGUCUUCAUUGCCUCCAAGCUGGAGGCUGUGCAGUAUGCACACGUUUCCAGGCUCCAGGCAGAUCUGAAUUGCUUGUCAGACCUGCUGAAGUCUUCUGUACAGUGGAAAUACGUUAUCAAUCUGUGUGGGCAGGAUUUUCCCCUGAAGUCAAACUUUGAGUUGGUGUCAGAGUUGAAGAAGCUCAACGGAGCAAACAUGUUGGAGACAAUCAAACCCCCCAGCAGCAAGACUGAGAGAUUCAUGUACCACCAUGAGCUCAGGCAAGUGCCUUACAACGCAGCACAGGUGCCAGUGAGGACAAAAUCCUCCAAAGGGGCGCCCCCACACGGCAUUGAAAUCUUUGUUGGCAGUGCCUACUUUGUGCUCAGUCAUGCCUUUGUUAACUAUGUCUCCAACAGCUCCCUGGUGAAAGACUUCUUUGCCUGGUCUCAAGACACCUACUCGCCUGAUGAGCACUUCUGGGCAACCUUGAUCCGCGUUCCAGGAGUGCCUGGAGAGAUUUCCAGGUCAGCUCCUGAUGUGACUGACCUACAGAGUAAGACCCGCCUUGUCAAAUGGAACUACUAUGAGGGCUAUUUAUACCCUAGCUGUACUGGAUCUCACCUUCGAAGUGUGUGUAUUUACGGAGCUGCGGAAUUAAGGUGGCUUAUGAAAGAUGGGCAUUGGUUUGCGAAUAAAUUUGACUCUAAGGUAGACCCUGUCUUGACCAAGUGUUUGGCAGAAAAGCUAGAAGAACAACAGAGAGAGUGGAUUACUUUGUCUUCAAAAACAUCAGUUACAAAAGGGAAUCCCACCUGCACAUCACUGCAGUGAGACCUGAGGGGAAGAGCUGGGCAUCUGGUCUGCUGGAUCAUGCAGAGUACCACCUGGAUUUGGUGUGAACGGAGUGGGCAAGCUGGGUCAGAGGAGCUUGCUGGUGGCUGCUUGUCCUAGCACUUGAUUUUCCCUGUGGUCUCUCUGAGCUGAGCCAGAGUCGUAGCUGGCCCCUCAGUGGCUGCUCAGAAGCUACACAGGAGCGACACCCAGGUCAUGGUGAGUGGGUGGUAUAAGGGAGACCCUGGCUACCCCUCCACCGGUCUCUGGGGACCACUCAGAGAGCUUUUGUAGUUGGUGUUCAUCCUGUAAACCAACCACUCCACAACAGUUUGUGCAGGGAUCCACACUCCAUCUGUCUUUAGUCCGCUGGACUUUUCCUGCCCAUGAGACUGUUUGGAGAGACACCAUGACCUCAGAGAGCUCAGGGAUCAUCCAGGUUCUCAAUGCCAAAGCCAAAUUUUACUUUGCCUUGCCCAUCAAUCAUGGGAAUUGGGCUGUGUGAGUGGGGAAAGAAUAGCUUGGGAAGGACCCACCUUGGCUUCAGGUUCCACAAUGUCGUGAUGGCAAUCACCUUUUUUAAAAAAAAUGAUUUAUUUAUUUUUAUUUGAAAGGCAGUUUUUUACAGAAAGAGAAGGAGUGAUAGAGAGGUCUUCUGUUCCCAGAUGGCUGCCAUAGCCAGAGCUGAUUCAAAUGGGAGCUUGUUCCGAGUCUCCUAUGUGAAUGCAGGGCUCCAAGGACUUGGACCAUCAUCCACUGCUUUCCCAGGCAGGGAGCUGGAUGGGAAGUAGAGCAGCAGGAACAUUAACCAGCACCCAUAUGGGAUCCUGCCGCUGGCAGGUGGAGGAUCAACCUGUUGAGCACAUAUUUCUUACUUCUGUGGUCCCUGGGCAUAUGUGGUCAAGCAUUCCAGGGAGCUCUUGCCUGGAAUCUGCAGGUUCCCUCCUGCUGCCUUCAGACUUGAUUCUUCCUGACAUCUCUGGGUAUGGUUCCUUCUCUGAUGGGGAACAUAUUUUGCCUCCUGUGUGCUGUGAAUGUUGUUUAUGUGCUAUUUAUUGAUUCUAGAUUCCUAAGCUAUCUAGAGAUUAGGCCAGGCUCUUGGCAUCUGUAAAUUGUGUGUGGGUACUAGAUAUUAAUAAUAAAGAGCCACCAAAACAUGUGAUUUGAGUGAUCUAGUAUAAUAUUGUGCAUAUUUAAAAGCCAAUGUUGCUGCUAUUUUUAAAGUGUUUUAGUUAUUGUAAAUUAAAUAUAUGUUUAAAUUUGAAAAUUUGCCUUCCAGAAUGUGAUGAUAUGAAUACCUAUAUAUUUUUUAUAUUUUUCCUGGAAAGCAAAAUCAGAGUCUUCUUUGGGAAUGUGAAAUAAACAUAUGCUUAUGUAUGCUACAACUGUCCUAAUUAGAGGUUUUUUUUCAAACAUGUUUUUCAACUUAUUUCUAAAUUCCCCUUUUUUAAACCACAUUCCCCAUUCUAGGAGUUUUAAAUAGAUUACUGUUUAAUUUUUGUAUUCUGCUAGCAGAUGUUAAUUCUCUGAUGCUAUAAAAUAAAAUGGAAUCCACUAGCCAGA